UUAAUUAAGGAAAAUGAUCAACUAUUACAGAGGCUUUCACUUUUGGUCUUCGGCCCAGCAGAUUUGUUGGGUUUUUAAGCACUGAGAAGAUUUCAGAUUGGGCCGUCUAGUCAACUUCGGCCCAAACAGAUUACGACUUACGAGCACGACCGAAUCCACUACAAAUCUCCACAGAUAAAACCCUACUUAGAACUUCGAAGCGGCGGCAGCAACAGCAGGGAGAAGAAAGAAGAAUCGGUCCGUCGCAUCGUCGAAGUUCCACAUUGCAGCAGCAUACGCUUUCCGCCGGCAGCCAUGAAGUUCAACAUCGCUAACCCCACCACGGGGUGCCAGAAGAAGCUGGAAAUCGAUGACGAUCAGAAGCUGCGUGCCUUCUUUGACAAGAGGAUCUCCCAGGAAGUCAGUGGUGAUGCGCUUGGAGAGGAAUUUAAGGGCUAUGUGUUCAAAAUCAUGGGAGGUUGUGACAAGCAGGGUUUCCCAAUGAAGCAGGGUGUCCUGAACCCUGGCCGUGUCCGCCUUCUGCUUACCCGAGGAACCCCUUGCUUCCGCGGAUAUGGAAGGCGCAAUGGGGAGCGACGAAGGAAGUCUGUGCGUGGUUGCAUUGUGAGCCAGGACCUUUCUGUUCUCAACUUGGUCAUCGUGAAGAAAGGCGAGAAUGAUCUCCCCGGACUGACCGACACAGAGAAGCCCAGAAUGAGGGGGCCAAAGAGGGCAUCCAAGAUCCGCAAGCUUUUCAAUCUCUCCAAAGAUGAUGAUGUCAGGAAGUAUGUCAACACAUAUCGCCGAACUUUCACCCGAAAGAAUGGUAAGGAAGCGAGCAAGGCUCCUAAAAUUCAGAGGCUGGUGACUCCACUGACUCUACAGAGGAAGAGGGCAAGGCUUGCUGAGAAGAAGAAGAGAGUUGCAAAGGCCAAUGCUGAUGCCGCUGAGUACCAGAAGCUCCUUGCAUCGAGAUUGAAAGAGCAGAGAGAUCGCCGCAGCGAGAGCUUAGCCAAGAAGAGGUCCAGGUUGUCUGCUGCUUCAAAGCCUUCUGUGGUAGCUUAAGACUGAGGGGUUCUAGGUCGUGCUGAAUUGUUGUUCCCGUCCUCGAGUUUGGAAGUUCCUAAAUUUUGAAUGAAGUUUUCGAUGAACUGUUUGUACCCAACAGUUUUGUUAUGAUCAGUAUUUGUGAAGUUUGAAGUUGCCUUCUGACUUGUUCUGUCCGUUUUUCCUGUGCCUUCUUUUCCAAGGAUUCCUAGUCGUACUCGGAAAUGGAUACUAAGUAAUGUGAAUGUCAAGCAUUCUAUAAUUCUAUAUUUCUAUGAAAUAUGCUCGAGUUUCCCAUGUAUGUAUGUUGGCCUAAAAUUAAUCAGUUGCUCUACCAUUCAUAUUCUUUUGUCACAAGUCGACCAGAAGAAUCUUCUAUCAAUUGUCAAAAAGUUAUCUUCCGAUCAGAAAAAUCUUCUAUCAGUUGUCAAAAAGUUAUUUUCCGACCAGAAAAUUCUUCUAUCUGUUGCCAAAAAGUUAUCUUCCGACCAGAAUUUUUUUUAUCAGUUGCUAAAAAGUUAUCUUCUAUCAAUUGCCAAAAAGUAAUUAGUAAUAUGAAAUGGUUGGUUGAAUUAUUAUUCCCGUACAAAAGACUUCUCAUUUUAUAAACAAAACCGUUAAUCCCAAUUUUCUUUUUUCAUAUAGAGAGAACUAUUUUUAUUUUAUAUCCGAGUUAUAAUGGUUUUUUUUUUUUGGUUGUAGGGUAUCAUACUAUCCAUUUCAAACUUUUAUGUUGGUCCUUUUCAUGUAGUGAGGAACAUCAUACCAUAUAAAAUUUGUGUCUCCAUUUGUUGUCAAACCCAAAAUUAUUGGAACCAUAUCAGAUUUCCACAUAUCAAAACUCAGCACACUCUUUGUAGCUAUGUGGUUGCUACCUUUCUAACAUGUCCUAUCAUGUUCUCCACUAAUUAUAUAACAACUGAUAACUUGUUUGGUUUUUUUUUUCUUUCUUUUUUCCACUUAUCAAGGUCACGUCUCUUUAUAUAGGAGGUAACUUUUUCAUAGGUCUUUUGUUUAUAUAUGAACUAUGUUACCAAUAUAAUUAAUAGCUGAGGUAGUGAAUUCACAAAAUACUUUGAACUGGACACCCGUUUCUAUAAUCCGACUAAUAUGAAAGUCUGUUCAUUUAGAAUUUUGUAAUUCGAAAUAUUUGACAUGUAUAUCCUCUUUUUUGUUUUGGGUUGUUUCUGAUCUUUUCUCGAAUAUUUGAACAACAUUAUAAGCAUGGUUAAUGAUUUGAUAUAUGAAAUGUCAAGGUGUUGAUUUUGAUGGAUUUAUUUAGUUAUUUAUCAACUAUGGUAGUUCUUAUUGGUAUUAUCUUUAACCAACCAAUAAGCCCAUAAUGCAUAUUAUUAGAUGCAUAAGACCAACCUUUUGAUAGCAACCACGCGUGUUAAUCCUAAUAUCAAAUCAACAUUGUACUUGCAUUCCUCCUUUCCUAUCCAAACAUUCUUAUAGUCAUGAAUAUUGAUCAUUCCUUGGUUUUGGAAACUUAGAUGUGGUAGAGAAAUCCACAAUGCAAAAAAGGAAAGAAUUUACAGAUUUACGUGAUUCACUAACACGAUGUGGGCGGGAGAGACCAGUUUCACUAUACUUGAGAAUAUACAGAUUAUAGAGAUAUGAGAAUGUAUAUAUAGCACCUUCUCCACAAGGCCUAACCCUAAUCCAACAUGAAAAUGAAAAAUGUUACAGACCAGACCCAAAACAGUAAAAUAAACGUGUAUUAUUUGUCUUCAAGUCAAUGAUCAAAUAUUUUCACUUGAUUAACCUUCAUUCAACAACUCGAGUUAUUGAGACCGAGCCAAUUGGAGAGGAUCUGGAUGGGGAGAAUAGACUAUAAUGUUAAAU